AUGAGUAACUAUAAACUAGCGUGUACACCAAUUGAAGCAAAGCAUUAUAUUAGGGCUUCAAAGGAAAAUGAUCAAGUAGAUAGCGGGUCUUAUCAAUGGCUAGUGAGAAAAUUAAUUUAUCUAUCCCAUAAUAGACUGGAUAUUGGUUACUCAGUUGGAGUGCUAAGUCAAUAUAUGCAUGACCCUAGGGAGGUACAUCAUCAAGCUGUUCAACGAGUCCUAGCUUAUCUUAAAGGAACAAUUGGCAUGGGAAUCCUGUUUAAAAGGGGAGAUUCUCUUAAAGUAGGCAUCUAUACUGAUGCUGACUAUGCUGGUUCAGUUGAUGAUAGGUGCUCUAGUAUUGGCUCUUGUUGUCUCAUUGGAGGAAAUUUGGUCACUUGGUGA